AUGCAGGUAAGAUAUCUGCUCGUCAAGGCGCCCGACGAUGCUAUCGUCACUCCCCAAGGUGUCUGUGCCGGCCUCAUCCCACCAGCAGCCAUGCGUUGGAGCCACUCGGUGCCCCACCAGGACGCAUCCUGGGUCACCUUGCUGGUUGAGAGCUCCUCAGGGCUCCUCAUCAAGCCGAACCGUCUCGACAGCUGGCAGAAAGUCAGCUUCGCGCGGCCAGGACACCUGCUGGUCCUUGUUGGCGCUGCGCUUGCUUUGGCAUCCCAAGGUCUUUACCCGGCGCCUUGUCAUGCUGUGCAGGUUCCCUCUUCCUUCCGCCUGUCUUGGGCAUGGAUCUCUCCUGCGCAUAGCUGCUUCUACAAUCCUACCCACCAGAUGCACUUGUCGCAGUGCGGCAUGGUUUGGCGGCCCAACUUUACGGCACCGGCAGAUUGUCGUGAUGGUAACUUGCUUGGAGGUGGCAUGCGAGGCCUUUUGAAGCGACGGAGCUCCUUGCUGCCUCUCGAGCUCGCAAGUGCUCCCUGA